GAGUCACAAAAUAAUGCCACAAGACUCACACGACCAGCGUUCGCCUCACCACAGUAUCAACUAACUGAACUAACAGUCGUGAGACGUGUUGUACUGUUCUGUGGUAGUGUUGUAUAGUCGAGUACGGUCUAGACGACAAGGGUGUACGGCGUGUAGUGCGUACUGCGUAGUGGACUAACUGUGUGCUGUACUACUGUUUAUAAAAUCAUAAAUUAUAUCAUUUUCAGCGAGUUGGACGCGGAGCAGAAAUCAGGUGAUAUACUGACAUUCGUCAAUCAAUCCCGGGUUUGCCCCAAAGCUGUUGUUUUUUUGGAGCAGUUUUAAUUAUUUUUGUUCGCCAUGUAUCCGCAAAUGAACAAAGACAAUUUGCCAUCAGCUCCACCAUCCUACGUGGAUUCGAUGAAUGCUCCAAAGUAUGAGAUCAAUAAUCCGAACUAUAUUCCGACUAACCAUUCAUACAAUGCAUCUACAAUGGGGCCUCCUCAGGCCACUCAAGUGGUUGUUGUUCAAGGGAACUUACCACCACUUGGUCCAAGAUCAGUGCAGUUGACAUGUCCUACAUGUAGAGCAUUGGUGAUGACAAGAAUUGAAGAAGAGCCAUCUUCUAGUGCUUAUUUCUGCUGCAUGUUGAUGUUUAUUGUCGGGUGUUUUGUUUGUUCAUGUCUACCAUUUUGCAUGGACAACUUUAAGAAUUGUAAGCAUUCAUGUCCAAAUUGCAAUUCUUUCAUAGGAGUUUAUAAGUCAUCAUAAGCCAAUAAUGUUAUUUUAACUGUAAAUUUCAUUAAGUGUACCAACUGCAUACAGAUACAAUAUUUUAUUCCUUAUUAUAUUAUUAUUUCUAACUUAAAUGUAUUUUUUAUAUUUCUUGUUUGGUAAACUAUUCAAUUUUCAAAUAAUAAUACACAAAACUCUGAUUGAGUUUUUGGUGAAUACAAUUAUCUUUUAAACUAUUGGGAUAUUUUUGAUCAAAUGUUAUCUUACUCUGUUAAUACAAUUAAUAUAUUUGUGUUAUACAAAAUAAAUAAGACAUAAGGAAUAACUGUUUAUAUAACUAGUUUUACACAUUGAAGUUUAUUUUAUUAUAUUUACCUUUUAAUCAAAUUAUAUUAUAUAACUCUAAUUAUUAAGUUACAAGUUGUGUUUAAUAAAAAGCUCAUUGAUA